AUGCAACCGAAUGAAGCAGCAAAUACUUGGAAAUAUCAACAUAAAAACAGUGAAGACUCCCCAUCAUCAGCAAUAAGUGAUUUAUCGCCAAUGAAAGAUCUCAUUGACAGCUCACCGUAUUUCGAAUGUACAAAAUGCUCAGCGCAACAGCCGAAGGUAUCGUCUAGGGCAGUGUGUUAUUGUCAACAAUGCAACUCAUUACAAUGUGCUGCGUGCGAAAAAGAAAUUCACGAACUUAUUGAAAAUGUCAAACAUCAGCGACUAACUGUUGAUGAAAUGUAUAACGGGCAUUGCUCUGUUAACAGAGAACACCAAGCAACUAUCCAUUGUCCGCUUUGUAAAUUAUCGUUCUGCCAUUCAUGCGAUGAAACGCAACAUGAAUGUUUCGAUGGAAAGGUACAUAAAUCGCAAAAAUAUAGAAAUGGACAAAUGUUACCCACCAGGAGGAGCUCUGAGCAAAAUCGAACGGAAUCGAAACCAAUAAAAAUCACUUCGUCGCCUGACGGCUCCAAUAACAAUCGUAUACAUACAAAUGAACAAACAUCGACUCCAAAACAAUCAGAAUCAUCAUUUGAAGAUAUCAAAGUUGACGAUAGUGAUGAAAGUUCAAUCUCACCGCCAAUGCGAAAAGAACGACCGCUAAAAUCCAAAAAUUCAAAUACUACCGUUCCUCAACACAUCCCACAGCAGCACAAUCUUGAUCAACAAAUGUUACUCGAUUCUAUGGUUGACUACGGAGAUGAAGAUCAAACUGAUAAUCAUUAUGUUAAUAAAAAUAGCCAUCGUCUUACACAAUUGCAUCCUAAAACCGCUACGCAAGGUGUUUUCUUACUUCUUGAUGCAAACGAACGUCUCACUAUCAACAAUGAAGACGAGUUCGUUCGACUUCUCAACGCUCCUUCUAAAGAUCUCCCUGUCAAGUGCGUUUCCAUCAUCGGAAACACGGGCGACGGAAAGUCAUUCACACUCAAUCAAGUCUUCUUCAACGGUCAAGAAAAGUUCCCCACGUUAUCCACAGCUGAAUCGUGCACUAUGGGCGUGUGGGCAGCACUCGACGAGAACCAUCGCACGCUCGUCUUCGAUACCGAAGGUCGACUCGGUCUCUCACAAAACGACAACAUUCGCAACCGACUGCUGCUCAAGAUUCUCUGCAUCAGCGACAUUCUCAUCUUUCGAACACGUGCACCCAAACUACCCAACGACAUGUUCCAGUUCUUGUCAGAUGCAUCCAAUGCAUUUCUCAAAUACUUUCGCAAAGAACUCGAGAAUGUCAUGCGAUCGUGCAAAGUGGAUGGACCGAUCUCGACUGUGGGACCCACACUGAUCGUGUUUCAUGAAACACAACACACUGAAGUGUUGAGAGAUCACUUUCAAUGCCAAAAGACAGCUGUUGAACAGUUGAAAGAACGGUUCGAGAAGAUGAAGCUGUCAUACGAUGCAUACAAUUCGAUCGAGUAUGUUGGCAUUCAGACGUUGGGCGGUAAGCAAACGGAUUUUAGCGAGCUGAAAGCAGCAAUCACAUCAGUACUCGAAAACAACAAGAUUCGUUCUCCACGGCGUUUAUCGACUGUUUUUACAGCCUUGAAAGCGUUGAAUGAAAAAUUCAAUCAUGCAAUUCCACCGGAAAUGCCGUCUACACUACCAGAUGAUUUCUUUGCAUGUUUCGAGAGAUGCUUGUCGUGCGGAGCAAAAUGUACAAUGACAGCGAAUCAUCAAAAAGAAAACAUACCUCAUCAAUGUGAUAAACGAUGUUCAUAUAAUAAAGAUCUCGAUAAUGAAGUAUGGAAAUGUUUGAAAUGUCAUCGUGAAGGAUGUGAUAUGAUUGUAUACGGAAAACUGAUAACGAAAAGUGAUAGUCUCGUACAAGGAUUGUUAAAAUAUAUGUGGUCCGGCUUUGUUAUUGAAUGUCCGAAACAUGGUGAAAUCUAUCGUUCUCGAAAGUACUGGUAUGGAAAUAAUGAACCAAAAGAUGUAACUCGUGCUGAAGUCAUUCAUGUUUGGCCGGGAGAUGAUGCUACUCGGCUAGCAAGUGAUGUAACGCCAAGAAAAUUUAUUGAGUUAAUUGUCUACGCUGGAAGUUAUCUUUCGGCGCCAACAAAGAUGUUGACGGAAUUGGUCGCUGAUCAAGUAGCACCAUCUUAUUGGGUUCCCAACAAAGAUGUUUACAAAUGUUCUUCAUGUGAAUUACAAUUCGGUUCAGACUUCUCCAAACAUCAUUGUCGAGCUUGUGGCCAUGUAUUCUGUGAUACAUGUACAACUAAUCGUCGUAUUGUUUCCUGGAUCGAUACUGAAAAGCCUGUUCGCGUAUGCAAUCAUUGUUAUGACAAUCCGAAACCCUGUCCACCGUCUUCCACAUCCAAUGCAUUAGUAUCUUCGGAAAAAGAUAAACAACUCAGUCAGAGAGCAAAAGUCAACGGUUAUGAAAGUACUCAUAACGUGAAUUCAGCAAGUGUUGUCUCAUCCGGUGAGCAUCUCAGCGAUCUGUGUUUAACUCCAACUGAUAUUUUCGAUAUCGAACAGCCAGGAGCAGGUCCCGUAACAGUCGAUAUUCCUACAACCCGCCGUGUAUACGAAACUGUUAUCAGUGGUUUGGAAAAAAUAGGUGCUAACUAUCCUAUUGAAUUUAUCAAAGAAAGUACCCGACCGAAUUAUUGGCGACCAGAUAACGAAUGUCGUGAUUGUAAUAUAUGUAAACGUGCAUUUAAUAGUACAACUAAUCGAUUACAUCAUUGUCGAAGCUGUGGUGAAGGUAUUUGUGAACAAUGUUCGCCCAACAAACGCUUAGUACCUGAACGAGAUUGGUUAACACCUGUUCGUGUAUGUAAAAUAUGCGAAAAAUCAUUGAAUGAGCCAUCCAGUGAACGUAAAUAGAUGGAAUUAGCAGAUCGAUCUGACGACAGUGAUGCGAGUGACAGUGAUUUUGCUGAAGAUAUUGAUGAAUAUAUUCUUCGCAUUUAUCGCUGUUCGAAUCGAUCACAGGGUAUCAAAUUACGCACGCAAGCUUUGAGAUACAUUGAUCAAUGGCGUAUUCAACAAUUGGAACUUCUGGACGAAUGUGUACGACAGGCUGGGCAAGCAGUUUUGAAUGCUUUUGACGAUAGUCAAGACAGACAACAAGUUGCAAAGAAUUCUCAUCGAUCAAAACAAGUAGAAAUAAAACCAUCGAACAAACUGCCGAGUGAUAGUCAUCAUGGUUAUUCUGCAGAUAAGAUUGAUGAACAAGUUGAAAUAUCUGUUAAUCGAUCGAACCCAUCGUCGUCUGCUCACAAGAAAAUUGCAUUCAAUUCGAUUGACUUCGGUCGAGAUUUUACAUUUGAAACUCUUGCACAUUUAUCGUCACCGUCAUCAACAAAAGACAUUGCGAUGGUUCUCUGUGAAAAUCACACAUUGGUUUAUUCUCAACAGUCAAAUGAAUUGAAUAUACUUUCACUCGACAAUAAUAAACGAUCAGCUCGUACACAACUGGAGAAAAAUGUUAUUAUUCGUGAUUUAUGCUACGUCGAAUGGUUAUUGAAAUGUCUCGUUAUUGCUGACGACAAGGUCUACUUAUUGGAUUAUCGCACAACACAAUGUGAUAUGAUCGAUUAUGGCGUUAAUUAUGUAUGCGGAACAGUUGAUAAUCUUCGUUGUAUAUUCUACUUGAUAAAACACAAAACUUUAUAUAAAUAUGAUAAAAGUUCACUUGAAACUCUCCAAGCCGAUCAAUAUCCAAUUGCCGAUGGAUACGAUUGUCGACGAAUUGCACUUGACAAUCAAACCAAUGAUCAUUUAGCAUUAUUAGUUCUCGCUAAUGAUGGCAAAAAUUACAUCUUAGUUUAUUCCGCAACAUCUUUAGCCGAUGGUUACUUAUACAAAAUAAUGAUUGAUGAUCGAAUUGAACGGGAAUGGAUAUGUUCGAGUGGAAACCACGGUUGGCUAGUCCGAGGAUCGUAUCCUGGCAGUUCAUUUGAUCUGAAUAAGAAUGGUCUUGGUUCUGUUCGCGUCUUUGAUUGUAAUGAAAUACGAAAUAUGAUUCCAUUCAAUGAUCAUAAACAUUUUAUUAUUCGUACUAAUACAGACAUUUUCAUAUUGACUAAAACUUCACAUAUUUCUGAUGAAAUUCAACGGCAUAGUAUCUGUAAUUCACCCUUAUCGUGCAAUGUACCAUCAAGUGUGGCGGAGAAAAUCGCUGCACCAUAUUUAACGCAUAUCUAUGAAUUAAUCAUCAGUAAUCGUCCGUUUUCAGUGACGACUGAUAAAGAUUUUAAAUGGACAUUAGAAAUAUUUGCAUUCGGCUUUACAUGUGAAGAGAGUGCGAUCUAUCAGCUAUGUGCGAAUGUGUAUGUUGAAUGGUUGAAAGUAUUUGAGAAUUCAUCGACGCAUUCCAAUUCGAUUCCGCCGAUUUUACGUGAUAAAACCGAAUUCUACUGGGCACAAAUGUUUUGGCAUUUGUAUCAUUUAUUCGUUGUUCACGAUGAGAAAACGGCAGAUUUAUUAACAAAACGAAUGUAUACGCAUAAAGUCCUACGUCAACUACAAAUCAUGAUAAGUCAAACCGAACUCAGCGUUGAUCUAUGGCACAUAUUAUUACAAGUAUUUCUCGCAAUCGGUGAUACCGUUCUAUCUCCGUCCUAUCGAACAAAUGACGAAUGCAGCGCUGUUAUGAGUCAUCGGCUUGUUCCAUCAAUAUAUCAAGUAUUUAUGGCAGCGAUCGAUAGAAUACAUAUUCCGCCAGGUCUAUGGCGAACAUUUCGUGAUUAUGCUCAGACGUGGCGUCAUCGACCUGCUGUUGUCUACGAUUGGGCUCAGCUCACUUGUGUUCUGACAUCGACAGUUGUACAUAAGUUAUGGUGGUCAGAUUUAGUUCCAUUGCAAUACGUUUGUACCGAAACAGAUCAAGGUGAAUAUACACAGAAGAUAAUCGAUUCGCUUCCAUUGGAUAAACUUGUCAUAACAUGGAUUCGAUUUUUAACAAUUCUACAGAAUCCAUCGGAAUGUGGUGAUGUUUCAGUCUUCCUCCAAAUGCCAACAUAUGCGAAUCAAUUACAAUCGAAUUCGAGUUUAAAACUCAAAGAUUUUACAUCUUUACAAGAACUAUCACGAAUCUUUGUCAAUGUCACAAAAGCAAUCGGAAUGUUUGUCGAUAUUUGGCUAGGAAAAGAUGUCGAUCCAUCAUGCCUGUACAGUCCCAAACCCGUAAAUAAUCCCGUAGUAAUCAUAAAUGAAAAUAUCCCAUCAACACCUAACAAUGUCCAAACGCCACGUCAAUCUGCUCAAUCACUUCGUGGUAUCCCAUCCACUGUUCAACAACAUCAUCAAUCAUCUAUCCCUGCAACAUUACGAACAACUCGUUCACAAAUUGAUAAUCGAAAACCUAUUCCUUCGUCUCAAAAUUUUUCUCCAAUGACUCCACUGCUGAUCUCUACAAACCGUAUAGAAAAGACAAUUUUGAAAAUCACUCGCACCAAUCAUCCUACUGUCAAUAGUCUAAUGCAUCUCUAUGGUUCAUGGAUAUUAGAUUGUUGUCUUUUACAAAUAAAAGAUCGUCAUUCACGUUCAUCAUUCAUUGAUAGUAAGUCGAUAAAAUCUUGUGUAAAUAAAACAAUAAGAAAUAAUUGA